AUGGGUGGUACAGCAUCAACAUUUCCUAGAUUUCAUGAUGGGUAUCCAACAUUUUCAGUUUCCAACACAGAUUGUGUGGAUAUAUGCCACCCCUCCAAAGGGAAUUGCCUUAAUCUGGCAAAAAUAAAAAUUGUACAUCAAAUUGUAGAAAAGAAGAAGAAGAAGAAGACAAUCGACUUUCAUUUGAUAGCUAGGUUUCUUUGA